AUGUCUUCCAACCCGCGGACCCCGAGACGCAAGAGGAUCAUCGUGGCGCUCACGGGCGCGACAGGUUUCAUUCUCGGCAUAAAGACGGUCAUCGCGCAGCGUCGCUUGAACGUUGAGACGCUUCUGACUAUCAGCAAGUGGGCGGAGAACACGCUCAAGUAUGAGGCGGAUUAUGCUGUUGCCAAUGUUCGCGCGCUGGCGGAUACAGUCUACGGAUGUCACGAUAUGGCGGCACCUAUCGCCAGCGGGACUUUUCAAGUCGAUGGCAUGGCAGUUGUGCCGUGUAGCAUGAAAACUCCGUCCGCCAUCAGCACGGGGCACUGUGACGAUCUCAUCUCGCGUUCCGCGGACGUGAUGCUCAAGGAACGGCAUAGACUCGUGCUCGUAACGAGAGAGUGUCCCUUGAGUGGUAUCCAUCUCCAAAACAUGUUGACUGCGACGCAAAACGGCGCAGUAAUCUUUCCACCAGUGCCGGCGUCUUACAUAAAGCCAUCAUCAGUGGACGAUCUAGUAAACCACAGUGCUGGGGGGAUGCUGGACUUGUUUGGCUUGGAUACUGAGGAGUUUGAUCGAUGA